AUGCUUCACCCCCCACUCUCCCCCGCAUCACUCUCCCGUCUAGAGUCUCUUCCCAUAGAGAUUCUCGAAUACAUUUUUCUCUACAGUCUAGAAAUAAACCUUCCGCGCGCCUCGCCCCACCUCGGCCGCGCCCUGUCAAACCCACUCCUAUACACCUGGCUCAUCCGCCUAGUCUUCAGCUCCACAAACGCCAGCUCGCGGCAUGGUUUCUUCACUCCGGAUUUCCUACCCCCACCACUGGACUUCUGGAGUCUGGGAUAUGAGCAGCGACAGCAUUUGCAGACAACUCUUUUAGCGUGCAGAUGGUGUACUCUUCCGCUUCUGCGGCGAUGUCAGCGGGAGUAUGUUGAGCAUGCCAUUCGGCGCAAAUGCGCCAAUUUGGUCUUCUCGGCAGAAGACCAGGAGGCGUUACGCAAUUUGGGCCCAUUAUUUAACCAUUUAGAGCAUUGUGAUCAUGCUAUAUAUGGUCAUCGAGGGAAAGGUGAUCUAGUUCUUCAUGCUCGAUUAUCAGAAAAUCACACCCAAUCGGGGAACUCAGACCCUGAUAAACUUGAACAUCAAAGCCUCCAGUCGAAUCAGGAAAAGAAGCGCAAGUCCAAAUCCAAAUCCUCUGUUGAUCACAAACUGGCCAUUUGGUUCCAUUUCGGCGCUGUUCAAAUCCGUAAACAAAAUGAAAUCUACUACGAAACCGACCUAUUCCGUCUCCCAUGCCCAGCUGCAAACUCUCCCGGUCGAAUUCCAGAUAAAAUUUUCAGAUCUCCAUGGUCAGAGUCUCAAUUCGAGUUUCUCCAACUUCUCGCUACAGAUUUCUACCUCGACGAGAGCAAUGUUUUGAUGGACCGGUCUGCGGAGAUUACGAGCCGUUUGAUACGCAAACGGCAGAUCGAGCCUUUCUUGCGGCUGCUAAGCAUGUGGUUUCGGUCGGCUGAUUAUCGGGUUCUGGGACCGUGGCCGUUGCACAGUUCUCAUUUUCAGUUGAUUAAGCGGUAUGCGGGUUUUCAUAGAGAUCAGAGUCUGGAACAGGAACAGGUGGAGACGGAUCCAUUUGCGGCUGCUAUUAUUCAUCAGAGGUGGGUUGAGAUCCCGGUUGAGUUACAAGGGGAUCUCUUACGCCUUGGUCGGGGUGACCCGAUGUGA